AUGCAGGCAUAUGCAGCUGGACUUGUUGAAGGUUUAUUAACAAAAGUACAAAUUCACUAUCAUUAUUUAAAUACUGUUAGCCAAUUAUGUAAAAAUGCUAAAGAAUAUUGUUUAAAAUUAUUUAACUAUCUUAAGUUGAAUUUAGAAUGGAUUGAAUCACAGGUUAUGUCAAACCCUCCAACAGAUUUAUAUUGGCGCCAUGUUAAUUUAACAUAUACCCAACUUACUGGAAUUCAAGAUGGUUAUGGCCCAGAAAAACAAUUUUAUUUUUCAAGAGUUAGAUUUGCAAUUACUCCAAUUUUAAAAAUACAAAUGGCCGGAGAAUUUUAUGAUUUGGAUAGAGUUUUUAAAAAACCUAAAACUAAUUAUUCUUCAAAUAGUCAUUGCUCUGGAUUUAUUAAAGUACUUGAAGGAAAUAAAGACAUGUCUGUGAAUUUUAUGAAUUAA